AUUCAAAAUUCAAAAAUGAGUAUUAUAAUUGGACCCGCGAUAGCCGUUAUAGCAUCAUUCUUGGCGUUAACUGUAGUUUUAUUAUCAUUUAUUGGACUAGAGAAAUUUGAACUGCCCAUUGCAGCAAAUUCUACAUUAACCGGAUAUCCAACAUGGCAUCCUAAUAUUCCAGCUUAUAUGAUCCUUGAUAUUGGGAAAUUAUGGGUCCCAAUUGGAUUAUUAUGCAACGUUGCAGAGAUUUCGUUAUUAGCAUGUAUUCAUUAUGGUGGAAAGAUUACUGCGAUUAAGUAUUGGGUAUGGGUACUUAGAUAUUUGAUCAUAAUAACCAUUGGAUGCGUAUGGUUGGAUUUUCCUUAUGAUGCAUUUUGGUAUCAGAUACAAGCCCAAAGUAUACAGGUGGCAUUCGUAAUCACUUUCUUUCGGUUGUACUUUACCACUCGUAAAAAUUUUCACGAACAUGAGAGUGGUCUUCCUAUAAAUACCGAACAUGAAAAUCCAGAGUCCAGUGAUACAUCAGAAGACACUAUUCCAAAUGAACCUAGCUCUGAAUAUCCACUUCCCCUAAGUUUCCUCCCUCAACCAAAACAACUUGUGGUAUUGAUUUUCUCUUCAAUUGUCCGUCUUUUAGGUGAUUCCAUAAAUGUAAUAUUUCUGAAUCAUCCUAAUGCGUAA